AUGUCUCUGCCUCUCAACACCCAGCUUAAGGCCAUUUUGGACGACACCUUCACCCCCGAGGAUCUCGCCGAGGUCCUGGCUCUGGUCGCCCAGGAGAAGGUCCCUGAGUCCCAGAUCAUCACUUUUCUGGCCCUCUUGCAUGCUAAGGGUCUCGACAUGAACGCUGCUUACCUGGCUGCCGCCGCCAACACCCUGCGACACGCUGCCCGUCUGCCCGACACCUCCAAGCUUGAUCCCGAGGGUUACGUCGACAUUGUUGGCACUGGAGGUGAUGGACAGAACACUUUCAACGUGUCCACCUCAGCGGCUAUUGUUGCUGCUGGUAUGGGCAUCAAGGUCGGCAAGCACGGCGGUAAGGCCUCCACCAGCAUGUCUGGAGCCGGUGAUCUGCUCACUUGUCUCGGAGCUGACAUGUCGCGAGUCCACCAAUCCACUGUGCCUGAUAUUGUCGCCAAGGGUCCUUUUUGCUUCCUGUUCGCUCCCAUGUUCCACCCCGUUAUGAACCGAGUUGCCCCCGUCAGAAAGUCCAUGGGUAUCCCUACCCUCUUCAACGUCCUGGGUCCCCUCGUCAAUCCCAUUCCAGUGAAGGCCCGGAUCAUCGGUGUGUACUCCGAGGCCCUUGGUCAGAUCUUCGCCGAAGCCAUCACCCAUAUCAACAGAGUUCAGGGUAUGUCUCAGUCCCCUGCUCUGGUUGUCUGGGGAGAGGAGGGUCUCGACGAGAUCUCUCCUGCCGGACGAACCAAGGUCUGGAGAGUUACUCCUUCCCAGGAGAUUGAGGAGCUCUACCUCACCCCUGAAGACUUCGGUCUCUCUAGACACCCCCUGUCUGAAGUGUCCUCCGGUACCCCCACCGAGAACGCUACCGUGCUCAAGCAGCUUCUUUCCAAUGAGCUUCCCGAUGGUCACCCCAUCUCCGAUUACGUCAUCAUGAACGCUGCGGCUCUGGCUGUCAUUGAUGGUCAUGCCAAGGACUGGAAGCAUGGUGUGGAGCUUGCCCGAGAGUCUAUCAAGUCUGGAAAGGCUCUCAACGCUCUCGAGACCUUCGUUGAGGCUUCCAAGGCGGCCCCGAAGGAGGCAUAA